AAGGAUUGUUUCUGAUUUUGUAAUCUGAGUUGCUCUCUUUCCCAUAAGGAAGAACAUUUGGCUUCUUAAAAAAAGAUGAUUUUUAGCCAGACUAUUCCUAUAUAUAAUCCCAAUCUAACCUCACCAAGAAUCGCAGACGUUUAGAGAUGGCAAGAGGCCUGUCUGAGCUGUCUCCCUGCCAUUGCAGGAUUUUUCACUCAAGGCAAAUCCAGCAGCAGUCCUACUAUAUCAAACACUGCCCCCUUUAAGGGAUGUAAAGGAAAAAGCAUGCACGGGGCUUCCAGAGCAGAUCACGAGCCUGAUGAUCUCACCGUGCUGGUGCACGUGAAACAGGAAACAGAAGCCAGGCAAAUGCCAUUUGCUCUCUCAGCAACAACACAAAUUGCAAAAAAAAUAACGGAGAAGGACAAAUGCAUUGUGCAGACAGACUCCAGGUUAAGAUGUCACAGUAAUAAACAAGGAAUUGCCAUCCAUUGCUACAAAACGAAACCGCUUCUGAGUUGGUUUCAAACACGUCUCCCCACACACUUACAAGAUAAACCUUUGCUGUGCAGCUGGUUUGAAUUCAGAUCAGGAAGGAUUUUACCAACGGGGAGGCAUGGUGUUCUGCUGCUUGAAGUGGUUUAUAGGCUUUGGCAGUAGGGCUGUCCUCACAAAAGCUUCAAGGAGCAGUAACAGAAGCACCUCUUUGAUAUGGAGAUGCUGCUAUCACAGGACUCCAGGAAGCUUCCUGGAUCCUGAGAUGAGAGCAUUUCUGGAGGAGAACACUGAAAUCAGUAGCAGCGGGCACCUCACACCAGAGAUACGACUGCGACUUCUGACACCUCGCUGCAGAUUCUGGCAGGAAAGAGCUGACUUGUGGCCCUAUGGCGACCCCUUCUGGGCAAUCUACUGGCCAGGAGGCCAAGCCCUGUCCAGGUAUAUCUUAGAUAACCCGGAUGCUGUCAGAAUGGGAUCAGUACUAGAUCUUGGAAGUGGAUGUGGAGCAACAGCAAUCGCUGCUGUGAUGAGCGGUGCAUCCCAGGUCCAGGCUAAUGACAUCGACCCCAUUGCAGGAAUGGCCAUGGUAUUAAAUUGUGAGCUGAACAAUGUGAACCCCUUCCCUAUUCUAAAUAAGAACAUCAUUGAUACAGAGCUGGACAACUGGGACCUCAUUGUUUUGGGGGAUAUGUUUUAUGAUGAACAACUUGCAAACCGUCUUCAUCACUGGUUGAGGAAAUGCAUCAGGACUCAUGGAACUAAAGUGCUAAUUGGUGACCCCGGGAGGCCUCAGUUCUUAGGCCACCGCAUUCACAGUCAAUUGCACAAAGUGGUAGAAUAUUCACUUCCUGAAUCCACUAGGCAAGAAAACAAUGGAUUAACCUCAAGCACUGUCUGGAGUUACCAGCCCUGAGCUCUCCGUUUCUCCAAAAGCUGCUAACACUGGAUUUAGAAGAAGUAUGGUCUUUAAAAUAAGAAAUGUGUUCUCUGUUUAUGAAGUAUGAAAAUGGAACAUUGGAAAAUGGGCAGAUCCUCCGCUGGUGCAAACUACUGUAGGGCCACCGAAGUCCACACAGUUACAAUUCACUCCUGCUGAGAAUCUGGCCCAUAGUUUGGGAGAAGCCUUACAGGUAUAUUCCACCCUCAGAUGUGCAGGUGCCCCUCGCCCUGCCCCAUUGAAGCCAAUGGAAGCUAAGUGUGCAUGUUCAAAGGCUGAACAGGAUGUAACCAAAUAAAAUAUCAAGAUAAACUGGGAGACGAUCACAGAAAUUCAGUGUAGCGGCGUGCAGCUUAGCGGGUUACCACAGACUGUUCCUGCUAACUGCUGCACCAGUUGAUAAGAAUCUAGUUUUCAAUGUCUGGUGACGAUAAGUGUGUUGAACUAUCUGGCCGCUUCACAAAUUUCCUUUGCUAAUUAUGAGGCUAUUUUGUCCCAAGAAGUGACAGUUUUAUCCAGCAGCAUGUGCCUGCAGUUCCUCUGGGGGGAUUUAAAUCUCCUUCCUGUGUGUAAUUCAGUUAUGCAUAUCCAGGUGGAUAGAGCAUUCUUGUGAGCUUUGUGUCCCCUGCAACUAGGAUGUAUUCACGAGAAUAAAAAUAGCUUAGUCCUGGUGCUGUACAUGUACAAACAGUGUGGCGCUAGCCCUUUUAAGACCAGUGCAUCUGUGCUGCAUCAAUUGGCCCAUAUUAGGCUUUAAAAGCAGGCACUUGGGCUGAGAAAGAGCGACACUAGGUGAGUCAGAGCUAAAAAAGCUGCAGGAAGCAGCAGGACUGCCAGAGUCCCCGGGAAGAGAGACAGUGAAAGCCUGAGUAGUAAAGGGGAAAAGUCCCCUGGGGAUUGUAGCCCAGGGUGAAUUGAGGAAUUGGGCUUGCUUGAGUUUUGUUUAAGUUUGGUCAAUAAAACUGCCUCAAAAGAGACUGUGGGCAUGGCAGUGGAUCCUAAAGAAGCUGGGGAGAAGUCCGGGCUAGUUACACAUCUGUCUUCUGGAUUGCGCUUGGGGUGAAAGUAGAAAAGUGGGAGCACCAUGUCUUGGGAGUGUUGGUAUAUUGUGUUCCUCUUUUAAAUAAACUUUCCCAUUGACCUGA